AUGGGCAUAGACCCAACUUAUUUAUUGAUUCUGAAUCUUGAAAUUGUGGCCGGAGUAUUCGAAGUCGUCAUCUCGGAAUCAAUAUUACCCGGAGAAUAUUCCUCUACUCUCGGCUGGAUAUUUUCAAUCUAUGCCUUUGUGAACUGGAUCUGUGGAGUGCAGAUUGGACUGACUUUUGAUGCGAUGGGUCCUCGUGAAUUGCUUAUUGUAGGAAUCAUUUGCACGCUCAUUGGAAUCUUCGCGCUUAGUUUUUGUACAGAAUAUUAUCAGAUCAUUCUAUCAUUAUCCAUAUUGACUGGUAUCGGCUCAUCUCUUCUCCUCACUCCAUCAAUGGGCUGCGUUACUCAUUGGUUCAUGGAGCGUCGCGGUCUCGCUAUCGGCAUAGCUUUUGUAGGAGGUGGUUUUGGUGGCGUUCUAUUUCCCCUUAUGAUACAGUCACUCCUCCCUCAAGUUGGGUGGAAAUGGUCGAUUCGAAUUCUCGGGUUUGUGCUACUCCUACUUUGCUCCGUGAGCGUGACAUUUUGCCGAAGUAGUUUUCCACAUCGUAAAGGGGCUACAACUACUUGGCGAGAUACUAUACCGGACCCACAGUUACUCAUGGACGGAACAGGAGCCAUGGCUAUCAAUGCUGCUGGAGUCCUGCAAGUGCCGUUUUUUUCAGCGCAAAUAUCCCAUUUCCGUGGUUGCUCCACAUAUUGUGCACAUAUUGUGACACAAUGUGCCUACAACUUCUGGGCUUUUCCAAUACUCUUGAAAGCAUGUAGACUAGGCAUACUAACUUCAAGACAUCUGGCAUAUUUCAUACCCAUCACAUAUAUUCCAAGCUAUUAUAUCGAUCGACAACAUUUGUUUCAAGGAGAGGCCUUGAGUGGAUCAGCCGCAUUUGCAUAUCAACUUCUUGCGAUCCUUACUGUUGCUUCAUGCAUUGGCCGGUGCAUAGCAGGCGACCUGGCCGAUCGAUUUGGGCGAUACAAUAUUAUGAUCGUCUCAUUUUUUCUCUGCACGAUAUCAGUUCUAUGUUUUUGGUUACCAGACGUGCUCUUACUCAACCUGAAUAAUGACGUACUCUUCGUGAUCUUUGUACUUAUAUUUGGAUUUGUCAGUGGUUCCAAUGUCAGCUUGACACCAAUCUGUCUAGGUCAGCUCUGCGGAACUCAAGAAUACGGACGAUACUACGCAAGCUGCUUUACGGUAGUAGCUUUUGGUGUGUUGGGAAGCAUCCCUAUCGCUGGAGGCCUUCUUGAUGUAGUAGUGGCUACAGGGAAAGAAAGGUACUGGGACGCCGCUCUUUUCACCGGACUUACCUAG